AUGUAUCGAUGCAGAAACGUACAUCACAACGACUAUCAGUACCAACGGAUCCUUUGGAGGGCAGCCGACGGUGAAAUCAACGAAUAUUGUCUCACAACGGUAACUUUCGGCACAGCAUCCGCCCCGUUUACCGCGAUUCGAGUGCUGCAUCAAAUUGGCGAAGACGAAAAUAGCAGAUAUCUGAGAGCGAGACAUGUCCUGAAGCACGCGAUGUACAUCGAUGACAUGCUUACCGGCGACUAUACAGUUGAGGCAGCACAGGACAAAAUGGAGCAAGUAUCUGGAGCCCUCCAAAAUGCAUGCAUGGAGUUAAGGAAGUGGGCGAGCAACAGUCCAUCAUUGUUGGCAGAUAUUCCCGUCGAGCACAGAUGCAGCAGUACUCUGCUACAAUGGGACAGUGAGGACCAGGUCAAGACAUUGGGAAUGUUCUGGAUACCAAGUUUAGAUGUGUUCAAAUACAAAAUCCUUCACAAACCUCCGAUCAUCAAUACGAAAAGACUAAUCCUAUCUAAUAUCUCACGAUUAUUCGACCCGCUCGGCCUGAUUACCCCGAUUAUCAUAUCGGCUAAAAUUAUAUUAAAGGAAAUAAUGGUGUCAACGAUCACACAGUGUGAUGGAACCAUCACCGGAUUGCAAUGGGAUGACCCAGUUCCUUCUCAUCUCGCGGCACGUUGGACGCAGUUUCUCAAUUCUUUAGAUGACAUCAACACCAUUACUAUAUCACGCUGGACCGGACUCUCCUCCGACUCUGGCGAGCGUUAUCAAAUCCACGCCUUUUGUGACGGCUCAUCCGUAGCCUACGCAGCAGCAGUCUACUUACGUGCCUCUGUGGUAGAACAACCUGCUCAGGACAGACUCUUGGAAUUUAUUAAUAACUUACAAAAGCAGCAAGAGGCUGCUGUAAAUGCCCAAGCGGCGGCAAUUGAAAAACUACUGGAACGUUUUGAUCAAAUGAUGUCAGUCAUGACGACGACGCUGCAAAUGCUACAGAGCGUGAUGUCCAAGCACGCCAUUGAGUCAACGCGCCGCAAUGACUAA